AUGACUCUCCCAUUGCUGAAACUGCCUUAUGUUCCAUUGAACUUGAUCACUAAAAUGAUGAAUGCAAAUGAAAUAAUCAAACUCGCAAUGUGUUCGUAUCGAUUGGAAUUGUUUCUGAGAGGAGCUAAAUUCAGAAUCAGAGAGAUUCAUGUCCAUUUGAGUAAAGAAUCUCUUCAAUUCGACCUGAUUGAUUCGAAAAAUGCAUGGAUUACUUGUUUUCGUAUGAGAAAAUCGCAAAAUCAAAUUAAAAAUGUGACGAAGUUGGAGCAAUUCUGUAAAAGAUAUGGCAAAGAAGUAGAUAACAGGUUAUUCAUUAACUCAUUCUCUAUGGAAACUAUUUUUGAUCUUUAUCAUCGUGUUACUUCAUUAUUUUCUUCUUUUUUGGUUGGAUGGGUAUUCUAUGCCGACACAAUCAAUAAUCGGACUUUCGUGACUUAUCUAGAUCGCGCGUUGUCUGAAAAUGGCACAUGGUUCACUUUCAUAAAUGAUAGUUUGAGUAGUGAAGUACUGAAAGAGAUAAUGGAUAAGAUUCCGGUGACGAAGCGGAUAGAAAUUGAGGCAGAUACUCCAAUGGACUUCACGCAUCCAAAUCUUUUGAAAUACUUUGUUAUGAAGUACAAGAAUGGUCUUUGGGUGACUCUGGACCACCUCAAAUCAUUUCGAAACGUUGGAUUUUUUGAAAUCUUUUUCUCAAAUUUUGACUGUACCGAUAUCAAUAAGUUUUUAAAAUAUUGGAUUGAUUGUGGAGAGACUAUGAUUGAUCUACUGGCAAUAACUCUCAAGGAAGGGACAGUUCCAAAUGUAGAUAUUCUGACUGAUGGACUGGUUACAUUGCAUGAAGAUGAUGGAGGCAGGUAUCCGAAUAUUUUCAUGAAAGGAAGAAACAACAAUACUAGGAAGGAAGUGAUUGGUCUUGUGUUAUUGCGAGGGAACAAUCUCCUUGAGUUCUCAACUUGGGAACCGGAUGAGUGUGAAGGUGUACACGAGCUUCUUGUACUUUUGGAAAAUAAGAAAGAAUUGGAGAAAGAGAUGAAGAGAAUACAAGAGGAAGGAAUGAACACGGUGGAGGAAAACAGAAGAGUACGAGAAAUUAUUAUGGAGUUGGAGAAAGUAAAAGAUGAAUUGGUUGUGAAGAAUGAACGAGGAUUUGUUUUUGAAAUAUAG